AACAGCUUUAUGGGCCCGUUUUGGGCCCGUUAAGUUACCAGCAGGACUUUUGAGAAACGAGCCCCAGGUUCCUUACUUCCCAUCCAUGAUGGCGGCGGUGAAUGAAUGUCUCGUCGAUUCACGGGAUUUGGAGGUAAUUGAAUGCUUGGCAAAGAUUCAGAUUGGAAGUUCAAGGAAAUAGGAUAUAUCUGGAUUAUGGAACAGAUUCCUGGGCAAUGUUCCCAAAAGAAAUCCCUGAAAAGGAAAAGAAUUGGUACCCAGAAACAUGAGAAAUCAUACAACUCCACGUCACUAGGUUCCUUGGCUGAAAAGAAGGCCAAUCGUCCUCCUCCAAAAGAGAUUGAGUUUGUUGAACCAGGGAAGCAGUUAAAAAAGAAGAAACUUUUACAACCAGGGAAAAGAAAACAGGUGGAAAUUAAAAGAAGGUCAACAAGGGAAGACCUCAGUGACCUUGAAUUUAAAUCCAUUGCAAGGGAAGUCAAAGAAUUUGGUGUGACAGGUCUUAGUAGAAAAGACAGAAGGAAUUAUGAAGACUGGAAAGCUCAGUCACUUGGUGGGAAAGCACCAAAGGGUCAGAAAAUGCCAUAUCCAAUGUUAAUGCGCCAGAUUAAAAGGAGAAAGGAACGAGAGCAAGAACAAAGGCUCCAAUGGGUUGGUGGGUGGAUAAUUCUUCUAAAGGCCUGCAGGCUUCAGUUGGAAAGUUCAAAGCUGGUGUCCAGUGCCUGUCUAAAGCUGAUCUGCAUAAAAUUACCUCCAAAAAGAAAAGAUAACAGUAGUGAAGUUAGAUAAUGCAACUUUAAUGAUAGCCCAAGGUACAGUCUGCUAGGACAAUGUAGAUUAAGUAUACCAUGUUUGCAAGGUCAAGUUUGUUCGAGGACUAUGAGACAGCUUCAAAACCCUGGGUGAUGGGCAAGUUCAAACAAAACUGUGAGGAAAAUGUUAAAAAAGACAACAUCACUUUGCAGUUUUGUCAGAAUCAUGGAAAUCUGGACCUUUUUUUUUAAUUAACAGUUCUGUCUAGGAGGAUGUUAAUGUACACAGUCAUCAUUGUUGAGUGCAAUUAGUUAAUGAGGACCUGUGGUAACAGGCUGAGAAUUGUGGCAGAUUCAGACUGGUUGGAUCAAGUGAAGAUCAUGUAGUGUUCACCUCAGAAAGCUGAUUACUCAGACAAAUGAGAGUAUGCACAUUUUUAAGUGGGAAGUAGUGCUACAAGGUAUUUAGGAAGUUGAAGAUGGCGUAGCAGCAAUAAAUGGGAAAUCGUAAUUAAAAAAAUUGUAUCUCAUUUCUCUUUUUUAAUUUUGCAAGUAGCACAUUUUGAGUGCAAUAUUUUCAUCUUCCCUAACAAUGCCAGAUCUCCCUGUUAGCAUAACAUGUGGCUGCAGCAUCACUUUGCAAGUAGAAUCAAGUAUAAUUCACAGUCAGAGUCUUCUUCACUGAACAUGUAGGAAAUGUACAUGGUUUAAAAAACACUCAAAGGUUUCCUUUUUUUGUAUAGUUUGUCUUUCAAAUGGUACCUGGUAUUUCUUAAGAGUAUAUAUACAAUGUUCAAUUAAUAUUUAACUCUAUGUUUUUCAUCCAUAUUUUAAUCAACUUAUUUAUUUGGGAUAAAUGCAAAGAUUUGCUAUUUUCCCCCUCUGUAGUGAUUGUAUUGUAAUUUUCAAAUUAGGUUCUACAUGUGCUUGCCAUAGUCAUAAAUUUAUGAGUAGACUUUUACCUAUUUAAGUAACCCACAAGGGUUUUCCACUUAGCCAUAAAUUAAACUGAAACUAGUUACUCAGGGUGCUCUAGCAGAGCAUUUUGCUCUUAAAAAUAGAGAAAAACAGCCAACUUUUUUGAUAAAAUAAAUUUAUUGCUUACUUUUCCCAAGCUUAAGGUAAAUAAAAUUGUGAGCAUUAAA